AUGAAAUGCAAGGAAACUGCCACCGCCACAACCAUCACCGGCGCCUCCGCUGCAAUGUUGGAAGCAUCUUCUCCCUCCUCACUCUCUCCUACUUCAUCUCCAACUGGAUCUUUUUCAUCCUCUCCGCCACCGGCUAUUAUAGUUAGUCCUUGCGCUGCAUGCAAAAUCCUCCGCCGCAGAUGCGUGGAUAAAUGUGUAUUGGCGCCUUAUUUUCCGCCGACGGAGCCGCUCAAGUUCACCAUUGCCCACAAAGUUUUUGGUGCCAGCAACAUAAUCAAGUUGUUACAGGAACUUCCUGAAGCUCAAAGAACAGAUGCUGUGAAUAGUAUGGUUUAUGAAGCCAACGCUAGGCUUCGGGAUCCGGUAUAUGGCUGCGCCGGCGCGAUUUGCCAACUUCAGAAGCAAAUUAGUGAACUUCAAGCAGAACUUGCUAAAGCGAAGGCUGAGAUUUUAAACAUGCAGUGCCAAAAUGCCAAUUUGGUGGAAUUUAUCUGCCAAGAAAUGUCACAGAAUCAAGAAAACUGCCCUCAAGAACAGCCAAAUGAGAAUUCUCCAUUAUUUUUUGAUGAUGAUUGGGUGUGGCUCGGGAGCCCCUCUGGACAUGAACACAUUUGA